AUGGUGAUGAACGAUAACAACAUGUCUUCCUCUACAAUCCCCACAAAUGGCACCUCGACAAUACCGUCCUUCACUGUCAAAGCCGGCCUGGCUCAAAUGCUCAAGGGUGGCGUGAUCAUGGAUGUGGUCAACGCAGAGCAAGCUCGCAUUGCUGAAGAGGCUGGCGCUUGUGCCGUCAUGGCACUCGAAAGAGUCCCUGCCGAUAUCCGGAAAGACGGUGGCGUUGCAAGAAUGUCUGAUCCACACCUUAUCAAGGAAAUUCAAGCUGCUGUCACCAUUCCAGUCAUGGCAAAGGCAAGAAUAGGUCACUUCGUGGAAUGCCAGAUCCUCGAGGCACUAGGUGUUGAUUAUAUCGACGAAAGUGAGGUUCUCACACCCGCUGAUAACAAGUACCACGUCGAAAAGAGCCCAUUCAAGGUUCCCUUUGUCUGCGGUUGCCGCAACCUGGGCGAGGCAUUACGACGCAUCAGCGAGGGUGCUGCCAUGAUCAGAACCAAAGGCGAAGCCGGUACCGGAGACGUUGUCGAGGCCGUUAGGCACAUGCGAACUGUGAAGGAGGACAUCAGCCGUGCACAAGCAGCUCUUGCCGAAGGAGAGGGUGCUCUCAGAAUGCUUGCAAGAGAGUUGGAAGUUGAUCCGGUGCUGCUAAAGCAGGCUGCUGAGCUUGGUCGACUACCUGUGGUCAAUUUUGCUGCUGGUGGGAUUGCCACACCUGCCGAUGCUGCCUUGAUGAUGCAAUUGGGAUGUGAUGGUGUCUUCGUUGGAAGUGGAAUAUUCAAAUCAGGCAAUGCUGCUAAGAGAGCCAAAGCUAUUGUUCAGGCAACUACGCAUUUCCAAGACGCGAAAGUUUUGGCCGAGUGUAGUUCGGGACUCGGAGAGGCUAUGGUCGGCAUCAACUGCGGCACUAUGGCUCCAGAGGAGAAAUUGGCAGGACGUGGCUGGUAG